AUGGAAGCAGAUCAAGAACUGAAACAUGUGUGCAAACUCUGUACCAAAAGCUUCCCCUGUGGUAGAUCCUUAGGGGGUCACAUGAGGUCUCAUGUGAUCAAUUCAGUUGAAACUGAUGAAAAGCUUAGCAAAGAGAAGCUCUCAUCUGUCAACAAUGGUGGAAUCAAUGCUAAAACCGAUACUACUAGUUAUGGCCUUAGAGAGAAUCCAAAGAAGAAAUUUAGAUUUGCAGAUUCAAGUGAAGAUACUUUGCUUCAUGACAAGCUUUGCAAAGAAUGUGGGAAAGGUUUUCAAUCUUGGAAAGCCUUGUUUGGCCAUAUGAAAUGUCAUUCAAAUAAAGUUUCAAACAGUUUGGAGGAAAAUUCCUGGACUGGUGGUGAGAAUCAGAAGUUGGUUAUGGAUAGCCAAUCAGACAAUGAAACUACUGCUCCGAAUCGAAGAAAGAGAUCAAGAAGAACCAAAAGGUACAUGGUCACUACAACAACUACUUUCUCUGUUGCUAAUGCUUCAUCAUCUGUUUCUGAAAUUGAACAAGAACUAGAAGAGGUUGCUAUGUGUUUGAUCAUGCUCUCUAAGGAUGUGAGUCAUUGGGGUGGUUUGAAUUCUUUUGGUGAGUCCUCAGACAACAAUUCUGUGUUCUUAGAAGCUCGAUCAAUGACUCGAACUAAUCUAGUUACUAGAAUUGAGGGUAAGAAUUCGAAGUGUAAUUCUGGUGAGCUUGUGAAGCUCAAGAAAGUAAGAAACGGGAAAUUAGAGUCUACUAUUUUGGAUUCUGAUAAUGUGAAGUUUAAAAAGAAACAAUUAAAACUUGAUGCUUCUGGGGUUUCAAGAAUUGAGCCUAAGAAAAACAAAUCAGAAAUUCCAGUUGAUGGUUUUCUAAGAGAUGAAAAAUCCAAGAAUUCUAUAUUGAAUGACGAGUAUGGAAUCGAGGCGUCUGAAGUUGAGAUGGGUAAGAAUUUGAUCAAGGAAACUGAAUUAGAUCAAGUAGAAUUGGGUUCUAAGAAGCAUAAGUCAAGCAAGAGAAAGGGUCUUGAUUUGUUUGAUCCUGAAUUGGCUGUGGACAACUCAAAAAAGUUGACUUAUGGUCCUUCAGGUUGUGAAAUGUACAAGGAUUCUGAGAAGAAAAAGAAGUUUGAGUGUGCUACUUGUAAUAAGACCUUCCACUCUUACCAAGCUCUUGGAGGUCACAGGGCAAGCCAUAAGAAGAUCAGAGGCUGCGCUACUUCCAAAAUUGACAGCAGUGAAACCAGCAUUGAGACUGAGAUCUCUCCAGACCCAACUGCUGAUAGCAAACUCAUCAAAUCUCACCCCAGUUGUGAGCCCAUUGAUCGUGACAUGGUGGCUAGCUACGCUGAAAAGGUGAAAAACAAGGAACAUGAGUGCCCAAUUUGCUUCAAAGUAUUCUCAUCAGGCCAAGCAUUGGGUGGUCACAAGAGGUCACAUUUGAUUGCUGAGGCCAAAGGAAACCAACCCGUUGUAAUUCAGAAACCAGUCCCAGAAAUCAGAGAUUUUCUUGAUCUCAAUUUGCCUGCUCCUGCUGAAGAAGACAGCAGUCGCCAUGUUGGAUUCAAGCCAUGGUGGAUUGGGAGCAACAACCAGCAUGAGUCUCUCGUGGGUCUGCUCUCCAACUGAUCCUAGUCCUCCUGUGCCCUUUGCUUUCCAUCAAAGAUUCAAGACUGUACAGAAUCAUUCAUUGUUUACAUUGAAGUCUUUGCCGCAGUAGCAAUUCAAUUGGCUGCUUAUAGCCUCUAAGCA